AUGUUGUCAUCAGUUUCCGAAGAGGUUGUGGAGUCCAAUCGUAAGAUUUUUUAAUAAUUCAUCGGUAGCGUUUGUUUUUGCGUAUCUUUUCGUUUUAGUGCAACCGAAGGGAGGAAUGGAGUAUCUAGUCGAGCUGAUCGAGGAUAAGAAGAAUCUUCAGAUGUUUCCCAAACUCUUCAGACACGUCGAUCGUCUAGUAGAUCAAGGUACCUAGCAAUUUGGUUUGCGUUGGCUGUCUGACAUUCAUUGUUUUUUGUCUUUCAGAGAUUUCCCAGGUAAGAUCUUCGCUAUUCCAGUUCAAUUUCGCAAAGGGGGGAUUAAAUUUGCCUGAUCCAAUUGGAGAUCCCAUCAUUGUGAGGGAGAAGGUUUACAUUCCUGUCGAUGAAUAUCCCGAUGUAAGUCCGAAUGUUCCAGCUGUAAUUACAUAAUUUCAGUUUAAUUUUGUGGGGAGAAUACUUGGACCUCGCGGGAUGACCGCAAAACAGCUGGAACAGGAGACCGGAUGCAAGAUCAUGAUUCGUGGGAAGGGAUCAGUGCGAGACCGAAACCGCGAAACAGCCAGGAGGGGAAAGUCGGAACAAGAAGACAAUCUUCACGUACUCAUUCAAUGUGAAGAUGCCCCAAAUAGAGCUAGGAAGCGGGUUGAUCUGGCAGUGAAACAUGUUAGCAAAUUGUUGAUACCCAUGGUAAGCACGUUCCGGAUCGCAUAAAUGUCUUAUUCUGUGAUUUUAGCAAGAGGGAUCGGACGAACUGAAGAGGAAGCAGUUGAUGGAACUCUCGUUGAUCAACGGGACUUACAAGCCCUUGCGUUCCCCUAGAACUCGCAAUUCGAAUACCGAAACUCAAGACGCUCUGAAUGAUCUGGAUCCGUCCGUCUUGGAUUCGCCUCAAGCCAGUCCUUACCUGAAAAGUCCGACUCCAUUCAGAUUGCAGGCUCCACCAAAGGGUCGUUCUCCGGCGGCUUCAGAAAAGAGUUGGAUCUCCUCAUCGCCCCCCACCGAUUCUUCCUUCGUACUCAAUGAAACUGACAACUCAUGUUUUCCUGAUACGUCUGGUUGUAACUCUAUUUUGAGGGCUUACAUGCCCGGCUACUUUCCGCCAUCGCCAGUCCUCAUCGAUGACUCACAUUUUCUUAUUUAA